AUGUUGCGCGCAUUUCCAGCUGCUUCGAACCGCGCGUAUCUGGCCAUGGAAGAGGAACUGACGCAGCUCACGAACGCAUCGACCGCAGCUUUCUUCCUGCGCAAUGCCGAUUGCCCACAAGGGGAAGUCUUCCACAUCGUCCGACCUGACCACAUCUCAGCUGCUCCUCCGGCGGCAGUGAAACGACCACCUUUCCCAGAAAAGAGACAGGCGGCACUGCGGAUGCUCGAGCCGUGUAUCUUCUAUGCUAUCGAUGCUGACCGCGUGUGUCCACUUCAUCAAGACCCAUCACAAGCAAAUCCGAUCAACAACCGGCCUGAGGACUUUCUGGCCACGGAACAGCAGAAGGAAUUCUACGAGCACGUCUUGGGGCGAUCCAUGGUCUGCCACUGGCACGAUCUACCCGCACCACCAGAACGGCAUCCCGAGGAUGUGUCCGCCUCGUACCGCAAUGGCUUCCAUCGUGAAACAACGCCCAAAGACAUGAAUGAUGUCAAAAUGUUGGACAGCAUAAAGGAAGAGGAGGUGCAGUCCGAGGAAAGUACGGUAGACACAACUGGAGAUAGCGGACCUGACUGGCGCGAUCGUCCCUUUUCCAUGGGAUUCGCAAUGUCCGAACAUCCUCUGGCUAUGGUGUCAAGGUAG